CAGAGCUCAGCGUCUCCUCCGGGUGUGUCUCUCCAGGCGCUCCAGUGUAGCUCGUCUUGGAUAAACUCUCAUUAACGCAGGGGGGACUGGGAUUCAGCUGUCCACCCCCCAGCUCCAUCUCAUGCUGCGGAGCACACGAGUCGGUUAACUUUUUCCUGUCCACUCUGGCACUGCUCUGCUGCGGAGUUGGUCUCUUUGGUGAUGCCUCCAGACUGGAACUGCUCCGGGACGCACCUGAACCCGACAUCAGGUUCCACAGUCCUACGCGACCAUAGACUCGGUGAAAGCUGUUUUCGUGACAAACGAAGGUAAACUGAACUUUUCGUGUCAGGAUUUUUCAGGAGACCAGAGAUGGACGGAUCGUUUGAGUUCCCACGGUUUCAUCUCACGGGUUAGACGGAACCACACGAUGCUGCUUCCAUUCCUGAGGUUUCUGUGUUUGUGGCUGUGUAGCGAGGCCGUGGCGAGUCAGCUCCACGGGCACAAAACAAAGACGACUUUCAGUCCUCAUUAUGAAUCCACCACCGCUGACAGGAAUGCGCAGAGCCGGGCAUGGCGCACUGUGAGCUCGGUGCACAGCGAGGGGACGCGAGUUGCGAGUGCGCAGGUUUCGUGGCUGGAGGCUGUAGACAGGUCGUUCUCUGAGCUUCGGGGGACAGAGGUACACUGGCGCUCUGUGCGUAAAAGUGACCCGCAAAAUGGAGUCAGACCUGUACCCAGAGAUGAAGCUUUACGCGCGGACGGAAACAAUAUCGGUGGACCGCGGAGAAGUGAAUGCAAGUCAGGAGAACUUGAGAAACAAACCCGGCAUGGACUCAUCUGCAUCCCUGCGAGUACCGGACACAACCGGCGGCAGAUGCGGAGCUCAGACCCCGGCAGUGAGAAGCCAACCGAGCCGCUGCAGCAUGAAGCCGCGGGCGCAUGGGAGGCUCUGCCCGUGGCCAUGGCGCAAGAGCAGGAGGCCGAGGCGCCUUUUGGACUAAACACCAGCGACUAUGAGGAGGAAGAGUACUCUCUGCCGGACAUUCCCGACCCCACGCCAUUCGUGCCGGUGAACCCGCGGACCAGGCGCAAGCAUCUGAGGAAUCCGUUCUUCCCGGUCACCGCGGAGUCCUACGGCGCGUACGUGGUCAUGAUCCUCGCCGUAGUUAUCUUCAGCGUGGGCAUCAUCGGGAACGUGUCGGUCAUGUGCAUCGUGUGCCACAACUACUACAUGAGGAGCAUCUCCAACUCGCUGCUGGCCAACCUCGCGCUGUGGGACUUCGUCAUCAUCUUCUUCUGCCUGCCGCUCGUGGUGUUUCACGAGCUCACCAAGAACUGGCUGCUGGGAGAGUUCUCGUGCAGGAUCAUCCCGUACCUGGAGGUGGCAUCUCUCGGGGUCACGACUUUCACGCUGUGCGCCCUGUGCAUCGAUCGGUUCCGAGCCGCCACCAAUGUGCAGAUGUACUAUGAGAUGAUUGAGAACUGGGCGUCCACCACAGCCAAGCUGGCCGUCAUAUGGGUGGGCGCUCUGCUGCUGGCUUUACCCGAGCUGCUAAUUCGUCAGCUGGUCACUGAGGAAGGCGAUCCUCCCGACGUGACACCGUGCGAACGCUGCGUGGUCCGGAUCUCCACCGAGCUCCCAGAUACACUCUACGUCCUGGGUCUCACCUAUGAUGGUGCACGACUCUGGUGGUACUUUGGAUGCUACUUCUGUCUGCCAACGCUGUUCACCAUCUGCAGCUCGCUCCUCACUGCUCGCAAGAUCCGCCACGCCGAGCGGGCCUGCAUCCGCGGCAGCAAGAAACAGAUCCAGCUUGAAAGCCAGAUGAACUGCACUGUGGUGGCGUUGGCCAUCCUCUACGGCUUCUGCAUCAUCCCGGAGAAUAUCUGCAACAUCAUCAGCGUUUACAUGGCGGCUAGCGUUCCCAGGAGAGCCCUAGACAUCCUGCAUCUGGUCAGCCAGCUGCUGCUCUUCUGUAAGUCAGCUGUGACACCGGUGCUACUGUUCUUCCUCUGCCAGCCGUUUACCAAAGCCUUCCUGGACUGUUGCUGCUGCUGCUGUGCUGAGUGCGGCUCGCCCCGAGCCACCGGCACUAGCGACACCGAACAUGAGUGCAACACCACCGAGCUGGAGCUCUCACCGUUCAGCACAAUCCGCAGGGAGGCGUCAACUUCCACUAGCUAUGCAGCUGUGGGGACACACUGCUGAGGACAAAGGUCAAAGAUCAGCAGUGUUAAGUGGAGCUGUUUCUGGAACAUUCUGUGAUCUGAUUAAGGCUUUGAUUGGUGGAUGUGUUGACCUAUCAGGUUUCAGAUUUCUGGUAUGGACCCCCAAUUUUCACAUUUCAUUGACAUACAGAAGACAUUGCCUGUCCACUCACUGUUUACAGAAUUUAUAUGAGAGAAACACAGUAUUAAUUCAUAGCAUUUAUUUGUUUAGUUGUUUGAUUAACUCCCAUGUAUUUUUACUCAAUCUGCACUCAUUGUUUUUUGUUAGUAGUCACUGUUUUGUUGGACACUGAUCAUUUAUUCUGUCCCAUGUUUUUAGUUCAUGUGUUGGACAUGUCUCAACAGUUUCCCUGGAAAAAUGGAAAUUAUUUGAGUUAUUUUAGUUAGUUGUAUUGAAUUUAUAAGCCGCUGUUGCUCCAUGUAAUUUAUUUUUCACUCCUGUUAUGAAUACCCUAAAACUUUCUGUUCUACAAUAGCAAUUACUUUAAGUCGAUUCAUUGGGUAUGUACAAAUCAAACACUAUGAACUGCAGCGUUCUUUUCAGGAAACAUUAGGAAAAUAAAAUAGGUGAUAUAUAAUAAAGUGUUAUCUUUGAUUGUUGUAUUGGAAAGACAGCUGCUCUCAGCAUCUGUAGCUGCUUAUAAUCUGUUUUGUCCCUGUGUGAGUUGUUUCAGUGGGAUGAACAGUAACAGAAAUGUCUGUAGAUGCUGUGUUGUGUUAGCUGAUGUUCCUGUGAAUCAGGCCUUUGUGAGUAAUCAGUUCUUCACAGAAAACUGCUCUUCACUUAGUCUGUAAUGUGACAGGUAUGUUUGCCACUUGAAAAGUGUCACUUGGAUUAAAAGAUAUAUAGUAGUUUUUUAACCCUUGAGUGCCUUUUAAAGAGUUAAAUUAUGACGGCAGAAACAAAACAGUACUGUCACUUUUUUCAACAACUCAAAUUUGAAAGAAUUUUAACUAACAUGUAAGUUGUUACACACAGACAAGACAUGUAACUCAUACAUUGCUGUACAAGCUGCUACUUUUCAGAUGAAGUUUUUACAUGCACAGGCUUCUAUCUUUUGACUUAUUGUAAAAAGAAGUACAUAUAGGGACUAAUUAUACAUUUUCAUGCUGCUACAGGCCACGGAUCUGAGACCCAUAAAGGUCAAUCGGAAAAAAAUAUGUUUUGAGUUUCACUCCCAGAACGUACAAUAGCUCUGUCUGUUAUUGUCUAACAGCAGGCACUAAAAUCAUGCUGCUGUGACCAGAGGCUACAGCACAGCAACUAUGGACAGUUUGAUGCUACGAGCCACCAGAAGUGGAGCCAGAAAUGUAAAGUUUAUCCUGAAGUUUAGCAAAACUAAUUUUGGUCAGGUCCUUUUUGCUGGUAGAAGAUGAGGAGGAAACAUAUGAACCCCAAAAAAGCAGACAGUUGAUGUUGCUGUCCAUCCAGAGGACACAGCCGCCAUUGUUUGUUCAGUUCAGAUCCAACACAACAUGUUACAGUCAGUCCUACUAACAACUGAACCUCCACCAGGCAGCUAUUGUCGAUGAAAGAACAUCAUUAAUAUUUUUUAAUGUGUGUUUCUUUCUCAGAUAAAAAAAAAAUCAUCGGAACAAACAAUACUUAUUCUAAUGUCAGUUUAUCUGCAGAGUCAAGCUCGGCACCACUCUCAGCUGUCUUGUCUCUCGCCAUCGUUUCGUCAUCACCGUCGCCGCCCAGCCGGGAGAAUACAGCGCCCCAUUGUACUUGUCCACCGUUGUCUUGACGACAGAGGGAGUCUUCCUCUCAGCUGGCCGCCUCGGUGAACAGAGCCACAGUACCACAGACAGACAAACAGACAGCCCGUCCAGGCUGCGUUAUUCAGAGAGGAGUUGUCACUGAUGGUUUCUGGUCUGAACCAGUGAAGUCUGGACUGUGAACAGCUUCUCUGUGGUUUAAAUAAAUGUGCAGCAGCUCAGACUGUGUGCUCACAGGUAGAGGACGAGGCUGACUUCCACUUUCACAGGUUUCUGUACAAGUGUGCACAUGUUUCUGGUGGAACUGCUUUUAGCUCAACACAUUCUUACAGUGAAUGGGUUGAACCACUAGUGUUGACUUGCACACUGGGCAUGAAAACAAUGUUAGGGUGUGUGCAAUACUUCUAACAGUAAUACAAAUCCAUGCUAUCCAAGGGCAAUUCACCAAUAUUUGAUAUAUAGCAUAUAUGACAUUGAAACGAUAGACUGUAUAUAAAGAUGGAGGACAUGACGGCUCCCAAAGGUGAAGCCAAUACAUCUUGAUCUCCCCCUGGUGUCUGGUUGCAGUAUCGAUCAUAAACCUCCGCCUCCUCUGUCUUCGUCAAAGAUGGUUGCCGUCAUUUAAUAAGGUAGUUCUCAUCACACUAUUCAUAGCUUUCCAGUCUUUGGAUGGUGAAGUAACAUUAAUGUCUAAUUGUAUUCGAACCAGGAUCACCCAGAGGACUUGUUGUAUUAACCACAUUCUAGUCUAAUCUCCAGUUUGGCACUGAGUUGCUCUCUGGCACCCAACUUGCAUGUUCGUGUCUUUUGUAAACGAGGCCGCGGCCCUGGUCCCUGCUCCAGUAAUUGGACAGCCCCAUUCAUUUAGAAACAAUGGGACGACAAGUACACUGAGGCUCUGCUGCCGAACAAGCUGCUCACUGACCUUCUCCUAACUGCUCCCAGGGUUGUUCUCUGGGCUGAGAUGAGAUGAGAUGGACAUCCUGGGAGCACUGGAAUCACUGCCCCCUGAUUGGUGGACAGACGCCAGGUUACCAGGGUAACAAACCCACUUGUUCUGGACAAUUCAAAUUCAGGUAACUUCCUUCUGCUGUGUGCUUAAAAACAAAAUAUCAAAUAAAAUGUUGUGAUCAUUAUUACACCCAUACUUGCUGUGUCUGAAU